CUUCCAAGGUGGAAGCUGGGUCCCACUGCCAGGAAGCGGCCGGUGCCCGGGCGGCAGUGGACUCGGCCUCCACGUGCGCGCCUGCCCCGCUGCCCCGCCCUCUUCCCGGUGGCCGGGCUCGGGGACUCCCUGCCCGCGGACGGCGCCCCUCGUCCCGCGGUGGCCGUGGCUGGGACGUCCGCGCGCGGCCGCUCGCCGCGGGAUCACGCUCCAGCUCUCGGGGCCCGACGUGCCAGGAGCCGCGAGCCCAUGGAGGGUCUGGGCCGCUCGUGCCUGUGGCUGCGCCGGGAGCUGUCGCCCCCGCGGCCGCGGCUGCUGCUCCUGGACUGCCGCAGCCGCGAGCUGUACGAGUCGGCGCGCAUCGGCGGGGCGCUGAGCGUGGCCCUGCCCGCGCUGCUGCUGCGCCGCCUGCGGCGGGGGAGCCUGUCGGUGCGCGCGCUCCUGCCUGGGCCGCCGCUGCAGCCGCCCCCGCCCGCCCCGGUGCUCCUGUACGACCAGGGCGGGGGCCGGCACCGGCGCGGGGAGGCCGAGGCCGAGGCCGAGGAGUGGGAGGCCGAGUCGGUGCUGGGCACCCUGCUCCAGAAGCUGCGGGAGGAAGGCUACCUGGCCUACUACCUACAGGGUGGCUUCAGCAGAUUCCAGGCCGAGUGCCCUCACCUAUGUGAGACCAGCCUUGACAGCCGUGGGGGCCCAAGCACAGCCCCGGUGCCCAGCCCAGUGGUGGGGCUGGGCGGCCUGUGCCUGGGCUCCGACUGCUCCGACGCGGAAUCCGAGCCCGACCGUGACUCCAUGAGCUGUGGCCUGGAUUCGGACGGUGCCACGCCCCCCCCAGCGGGGCUGCUGCCGUCCUUCCCCGUCCAGAUCCUGCCCAACCUCUACCUGGGCAGUGCCCGGGAUUCGGCCAACGUGGAGAGCUUGGCCAAGCUGGGCAUCCGCUACAUCCUCAAUGUCACCCCAAACCUGCCUAACCUCUUCGAGAAGAACGGCGACUUUCACUACAAGCAGAUCCCCAUCUCGGACCACUGGAGCCAGAACUUGUCCCAGUUCUUUCCGGAGGCCAUCGCGUUCAUCGAUGAGGCCUUGUCCCAGAACUGCGGGGUGCUCGUUCACUGCCUGGCGGGCGUCAGCCGCUCCGUCACCGUCACCGUGGCCUACCUCAUGCAGAAGCUCCACCUCUCGCUCAACGACGCCUACGACCUGGUCAAGCGGAAGAAGUCCAACAUCUCGCCCAAUUUCAACUUCAUGGGGCAGCUGCUGGACUUUGAGCGCAGCCUGCGGCUGGAGGAGCGGCGCGCCCGGGAUGGGGGCAGCGGCGGGCAGGAGUCGGCCGCCUCUGACCCGCCCUCCUUCUUCACCACGCCGACCAGCGAUGGCGUCUUUGAGCUGGACGCCACAUAGGGCCCCGGGCCACCCCCCAGCGGGUGCGCCCAGCCCAGCCACCCGCGUGCUGGGGAAGAGGCGGGAGGGGGCUCGGCCUGGGGGGGCGAGGGAGAGCACAAUACCUCAUGUGGAGCUGUGGGACGAGGCAGGAGCCGGGAGCCCCUCCGGGGUGGCGGUGGGGACAGACCUGUCCUACCCACUUGAAACAUCCAUGGGAAUCCUAUUAAACGUGCCUAUGGGCCGGGCCUGGGGCCGCCGGCCUGACCCGCGCUGCUUGUGGGCGGAACCCCGCUCCAGAACCUGCCUCUUCUGCGACUGUUACUUUUUCCUUCGGGGGGCGGGGGUGGGGAUUCCCAUCCCCGGGGACCCUUCCAGGUGGCUGCCGGUUCCCAGGACCCAGGCCGUGUGCGCUCGGCCAGGCCCCGAGCCCCCUGUGGUUUCCCCUUUCAGGGGGGCCGUGGGCCUGUUCCGGCCACCUCGUUUGCCCCAGGGACCGACUCCCAGUCCCACCCCUCUUCCCAAAUGGCUACUUAUGGGGAGGGGUGCACCGCCGCCACCAGCGUAGUCACCCCCUGCUCCUCCGCAGAGGGCUUGGCCUCCUGGGACUGGGGGCCUCCCCGGGGACAUGGCCUUGGAGGCGCAGCCGCCACCCAGCGUCUGCAGGGACAGCCCCUUUCUGGCUGGCUCCUUGCUGGGCAGCGCUAGAGGGGAGGGCGCCGGCCUGGGAGCCGCUGGGCGGUUCCCGGCCACACAUCUGGCGCCCUGACUGUUUAUCCACUUGACAUUUGAAAAGAUGCUUUUUUUCCUCUUCCCCCAGAUGUCUUGACAGGAUCACUGGGGCUCUUUGUGACUGAGGGUGGUCAAACUGCCGCCGGAGGAGAUGGGGUCUCAAAGCAAGAGCUGGGGGUGGGGGAGGGGAAGAAGAAGGCCUGGAUUUUGCUGCUGUGGGUCCCACACAGCCGUGGUUGGUUUGGGGGGCGGGGAAGGGGCCGAGCCGCACACACACACGGUCAUUCAUUGCAGUACAUACCCCUCAUGGGCGGCGUGUGUGCGUGUGUGUGUGUCUAUGUGUCAACACUCACACACACACCAGCCCGCUUACGGACCCGGCCCAGGGCCGGCAGUCCCCGCAGCAGGGCCAUCUCAC